AUGAAGCGUUCAACACAAGAUUCGCAGACCAAGGCCAGCUCGGAUCAAUUAACUAAUAGUCCCCGAUCCCAUAAGAAACUUAUGAAAAGUGGGGGUGAAAAAGCUAGAGACACAACAAAACAGCAAGAGGACAACCGAACAGAAACUUAUCUGUGCAAGGAGAGACUACAACAAACUGAAAAAGAUUUACGGAAGCAACUACAGAUCACAAGUUUGCAGAAGAAAGAAAUAAAACAGCUAGAGGUUAAAAAUUUUAAACUUACUAACAAAUAUGAAGGGAUUUCGACUAAACUUCAGGAAAGUGACAAACGAAUUCAGGAACUAGAAGGUCAGUUAAAAAACACGGAACAAACUCUUGCAGAUAAGUCAUAUUCACUCUUUACGGAAAUCGGACGGAGGCGCGAACUGGCUGAGCUAGUGCAAUCACUGAAGGGGUUCAAAGAACGAGCCCUGGACGCAGAAAAACAGGUGAAGGAGCUUACGGAUGACAACCAAAAAUUGAAAUUACAGUUAGACGCGUCUAUCCUAAAAGCAAGCACAUUUAAAAAUGAAUCAGAGACCCUUAAAGUUGAGCUUAAAAAACAGUCAGAUGUCAUGAGAGCUAAACAGAACACAAUUGGCAAUCUUAAGACCGCAUUGGAUGCAAAACAAAAGAUAAUCGAAGCUCAUAAAGAGGAGAUUAAGAGACAACGCAAAGCUGCACAAGAGACAGAAGUGGAAGUGAAAAGAAAUCGCCAGAUUGAAGAAACAACACUGAAGCGAAUAAAACACAAAGAUGAAGAAAAUUUGAGCCUACGAAAGGAAGUCACGUCACUACACAAGUCUUUGUAUGAUUUUGAGAUGAAGUUGUCAAAACUAGAUUUGCAGUACCAAAUCCUCCAGGAGAAAUCUGAACAGGCUCAUACAGACAAAGCAAUCCUGGAGAAAAAAAACCACACACUGGAAAUUUCUACAGCGAGUCUUGAGAGAGAGGCUGUUGAAACCCAGACACUGCUAGAAAAGUCCCAGCAAGAGAAUGAGUUACUUAAGAAUCAAGUGGAGCAGGUCAAGAUAAAGCUGGCUGAAACGAUUCAGAGCUCCAAGGAUACCCGAGGCGGGCGUAGCGGGAAAAAUUUGAUGGGAGGUGCUGAUGAGCGGGUUCACAGCGGCUAUGCGGAAGUGAGAGAAGCUGUUGACGUGGCUGAACCAGAGCGAUGA